GUGAGAGUUAAACUGCGUCUGUGAGAGUUUAACUGCGUCAGGUUAACUCAGUUGAACUUUGACACACUGCUGCACACUGAGACAGAUCUGCAAGCAGACGCUCUCUGUUAACUCUAACUUACAUUUAAUCUCCUCACAGUGUUUCUACUAACAACAGUUAAAGAGCCACUGAUCUCUGCACACCUGAAGAUGACAUCUAAGAAAGUGAUCGAGUUGUUCUACGACGUGGUUUCUCCCUACUCCUGGCUUGGCUUCGAGGUGAUGUGCCGCUACAGACAUGUGUGGAAUAUAGAGCUCAGACUGCGUCCUGCAUUUCUGGGAGGCGUCAUGCAGGGAUCAGGCAACAAGCCCCCUGGUCUUCUUCCAAGCAGAAUGCUGUACAUGGACAAGGAUCUGAAUCGCGCGUCACAGUAUUUUGGUAUUCCCUUGAAGGCUCCAGCUGACCCCUUUGAGGCCAUGUUCCAAAAAGGCUCUUUGUCUGCAAUGCGAUUUGUGGCAGCAGUACAAGAGAGGGAGAAGGAUGGAGACAAAAAGGUGGAGCAGGUGUCCAGGGAGCUUUGGAAAAGGAUCUGGAGCGAGGACAAAGACAUCACAGAACCUGCAUCCUUGUCUGAGGCGGCGAUGAAAGCGGGACUGUCUGACGGCGAGAUUAAAGAAGUGCUUGAGAUGUCCACCUCAAAGGCGAUCAAAGACAAGCUGAAAAGCUCAACACAGGAAGCACUUGAUCACGGGGCAUUUGGCUUCCCUCUUGUGGUGUGUCACGUCAACGGAAAGCCAGAGAUGUUUUUUGGAUCUGACAGAUUUGAGCUCAUGGCGCACUGCAUUGGGGAGAAGUGGCUGGGACCUCAGCCCGACAAAUCAGCUGCCAAGCUGUGAGGUACAAAGCUGCCUUCAAACACUCUUCGUCUGCUCACAGAUUUUCAUUUUAAUAAGGUCUUUGAUUCUUUUCUAAUUCUUCAAAUGUCAUAUUUUCUGUGCCUUCUGAUACCAAGCAGUGUGUUUCAAAUAAACCUUAAUAACAAACAGUAGUGUGCAAAAAAAGUAAUACAUUGUACUGUUAAUUAUAUGCUUAAUAAAAAGAACACUGAUGACUUCCAGAUGA